AGGGAAGAAGCAGCUGCCUCCGGGUGUCACUCCUCUGGCUCUGAGGCAUCUGGUCAAGGCACGAUGGAGGUUUCCAGGGUAGCCCUCUCGGCUCUCUUCCUUGCGGCAAUCCUCUGCAUCCACUCCGCCUCCUCCCACAAAGCCUACCCCGUCGCGGAUGCCUGCUGUGUGUCCUAUUCCCAGAAGAGGAUCCCACUGAACAGGGUCGCCAGCUUCAGCGUGUCCAACAGCGGCAUCUGCUCCAAACCCGGCGUCAUGUUCAUCACGGUGAGAGGUCUGAUCACCUGUGCCAACCCUGGCACAAAAUGGGUGCAGCAGUACAUGAAGCAGCUGACCACCAAGAGGGCUAUGACCACUCCGCUGCUCACUAUGAACAUUUCCCAAAACAAGAAGAGGGGCUCCUAACUCGCAGGCCGCCCCCCACCACUGGACUCCACCCUUUCUCUGCUGUGCUCCCUCCCACUCCUCCCACCGCCCCCUCCCCGUGCGGUGGCUGUGAUGGAGAAAUAAUGAAUGUAUCUGUGAGAAA